UGGGCUAUAGGAGCUGCAGGAGAACAAUGGCGCCAUUGGGAGCUGAGUGACGUGGCGAAUUCUGAUUGGGACGCUGCAAACAGGUGCAGCCACCCAGGUGCCAUACAGGAAUCUCUGUUCUCCACAUAGCGGCUGUUUGUUCCCUUCUCGUGCAGUUAACCUUCUUCUUUAAUCAGUAUUACUGUUUACAUCCUGGAUGGAUUUACCUGUGAUUUAGUGAUAUUAUGUUAGCGCGAAGGAAUGAAAAAAUAUGAGCUCGAAUUUACCAACAAAAAUAAAAAAAUAAAUCGACCAAUCAAACUCUGGGGAAUUUGAAUGUUUAAUUUAGACGCGCGUGAGGAGCAAGGUUUUUAGAUUUUUCGUCGCGUGCGUUCAAAUCAACAGCGGAAUUAACGGUCGCUCUGGAUUAGCAUCAUGCUACACAUCACCAGAAUGAGGAGUUUUGGGGUGGAGGUGCUCGUCGCCGUGCUCGCCUCAGCAGUGGAAGGAUGGCAAAACGAGUUUUUGGCCCGGUUCCGGUGAUAAAUAUAUACUGUGGUACUCUACAUGGUGUCCUGAAAGUCAUGAACCAAUGGGAGUAAAAUCUACAGAAAACUUGUGUUUACUUGAAUACUGUGGUGUGUGGCUCAUGCCUUCGUGUGACGCUCAAGAAUGUGGAAGGCCUCUUGUGGUAACUCGCAUCGUAGGAGGCAGUGAGGCGCGAGACGGGGCAUGGCCGUGGCAAGUGGACAUCCAGAUGGGAAAGGCCGGCCAUGUUUGUGGAGGAUCCGUCAUCUCGAGAGACUGGGUUCUGUCCGCGGCACACUGUUUUCCCGACCCAUCAGAUGUGUCCUCAUACCGUCUCUACAUGGGUCGCUAUCAGCUCAACGGCGCUAACCAGUUUGAGACAUCGAGAGAAGUGAAGAGGGUGGUGGUAGCACACGGGUACUCGACCCCUCAGAAGGGCAGAGACGUGGCACUCGUAGAGCUGAGCUCGCCGCUCACCUGGACAAACCAGAUCCAGCCCGUGUGUCUGCCCAACGCCGACUUCCAGUUCUACGCUGGAACCAUGUGCUACGUCACAGGCUGGGGGGACACACAGGAGGGAGUCUCGCUGUCUGGAGUCGGGACGCUACGGGAAGUCGGAGUGCCCAUUAUUGACCAAGAUUCCUGUAACUCCAUGUACCAGAUCGAUGCGUCUAACACGGACACGGUGUCCAUCCUGUCAGACAUGAUCUGUGCCGGAUACCAGGAGGGGGGCAAGGACUCAUGUCAGGGGGACUCCGGCGGACCGCUCGUCUGUUCCACCGGGAACGGCACGUGGAUCCAGGCGGGCGUUGUGAGUUUUGGACUGGGAUGCGCUCAGAAGAACCGACCCGGCGUGUACGCCAGAGUGUCGAGCUUCGUGGGCCUCAUACGCUCCACGGUGCAGGACGCCCAGCUGCUGGAUCACGCCUGUAAUUGUGCAGCUCACAGCCUCGUGGUGCUCAGUGUAGCUCUCGUAGCAGUGAUGUUAGGUAGGUAGUGACCGUGUUCAGGAUAGCCACGCUGUAAUACUGACCUGCAGCAUGGAGACGGUGAAUUACUCUAUCUCGCAGUCUGGAGCCACGCUGAACACGUCAUGUAUCUAACGGUCAUCAUAAAUACACACAGUGAUGCUAAAGCGGGAAACAAAUCAACAGUCAAGUGUUCAAUAAGGUUUGGUGAUAAACAGCUGAUCGGGUGUAUUUAAUUAAUUAGUCAGCAUCAUAUGACGAUUACAGGUAAACAGCUAAAUAGUGUAAUGGCUCAACCCAAUUAUUUAUUUUUAUCAAUUAAAACUGUAUUAUUCAUUUUUUUAAACCGUAAAUAAGUCUUUAUCACUGCUUCAUUUUAUAAAGUUAGAACUGAUAUUUUGAAGCACCAGAUUGUUUGUUUAAUGAGAUAUAUUUGCUGAAAUAUAAUGAAGUGUGUCUUA